GUGGGCAUCAUUCCCUACGACGAGAUUGACAGCGCAGCUCCAGCAGAGGACGCUUUUGGCAAGCAUUACGCAAACAUCCCUUGGGCUUUAAUGCUGGUGAAUUGGGGUGCUGUGAUUGGAUUGUUCACCACAUUGAUCACUGGGCUUUACUCCCAGGCCCGCAUCUAUUUGGCAAUGGCACGUGAUGGUCUCUUCUUCCAGGCUUUUGGUCGAGUAUCUCCCACCUUUGGGACACCGAUCCAUGCUCAGUGGCUUUGUGGAGCCAUUGCAGCCCUGUUGGCUUGUGUACCUGUGGACAAGCUUGCCCUAUUCUUGAGCAUCGGCGUGCUGCUCUCUUACACCGUUGUUUGUGCUGGUGUUCUAGUACUCCGUGCAGAGUCUCCCGAACAAGCCGCAAAAUGGUCUGGUCUGGUGACAUUGGCAGCAGUUGCUGCAUCACUGUGCUCCUCUUAUAUUUUGAGUUCCAAGAACUAUUUGGCCAUAGCAGCGACUGCAGUCUUUGCUCUGCUGGCGAUGCUCUGUUGGGUGCCCUUCUUCCAAGUGCCCUACAGUCGUCCAUCAACAUUUGCUUGUCCUGGCUGCCCCACAAUACCUUUAUUCGGGCUCACAAUCAAUGGCUACCUCCUAUCACAAUGCCAUUGGCAAGCCUGGCUUCGAUUGGUUUUGACCUCUUUCCUCAUUCUCGGAGCAUAUGCACUGAGGGUGAGAAAGUCAUUGAAGACUCCAGGUUCACGGAACCAACGGGAUCUACACCUAUCAUUGGCCGUGCAGCCUGAUACUGUCUCAAGUUAG